AUGGGGUCUGUAAAACAAGCAAAGGCUGUUCAUGGGUUUGUGUUAAAAUCUGAGCUUUCGGACCGAAACUUGCUGGUAGUGUUAAAUCAUCUAGCUCAUGCCUAUUCGAAAUGCUCGGAUUUUGGCACAGCUCGUCGAGUGUUUGACGAAAUGUCAUGUAGGAACAUAUUCUCUUGGACAGUCAUGAUUGUUGGGUCGACUGAAAGCGGCUUCUUUCUCGAUGGAUUUAAGUUCUUUUCCGAGAUGGUGAACAGUGGAAUUUUACCAGACAAGUUCGCAUAUUCCGCAAUUGUCCAGACAUGCAUUGGUUUAGAUUGUAUUGUAUUGGGCAAAAUGGUGCAUGCCCAGGUUUUUGUAAGAGGCUUUGCAUCUGAUACUUUUGUAAGUACAUCUCUCCUUAACAUGUAUGCAAAGUUCGGAAAGGUUGAGGAUUCAUGUAAGAUGUUUAAUACUAUGACAGAACAUAAUAAAGUCUCCUGGAAUGCAAUGAUUUCAGGGUUGACAUCAAAUGGUCUUCAUUUUGAAGCGUUUGAUCAUUUUCUAAGAAUGACGAAAGGAGGAAUUACACCAAAUAUGUAUACACUCAUCAGUGUCUCAAAAGCAGUCGGGAAGUUAGGUGAUGUUAACAAGAGCAAAGUGGUUCACAGUUAUGCUUCUGAAUUGGGAAUGGAGUCUAGUGUUCUAGUGGGAACCGCUCUCAUUGAUAUGUACUCCAAAUGCAAGUCUUUGUCUGACGCAAGAUCUGUUUUUGACUUGAAUUUCACCAGCUGUGGAGUCAAUCCCCCGUGGAAUGCAUUGAUUUCUGGCUAUUCACAAUGUGGUCACAGCCAAGAAGCAAUGGAGCUCUUUGUGAAAAUGUGCCUGAAAAAUAUACAACCAGACAUUUACACUUACUGCAGUGUGUUCAAUGCAAUAGCAGAGUUAAAAUGUUUGCAAUUUGGAAAGCAAAUUCACGGGAUGGUUUUAAAGUCAGGGAUAGAAAUGAAGGUUACAAGUGUCUCCAAUGCAAUUGCUGAUGCAUAUGCCAAAUGUGGGUUGCUGGAAGACGUACAGAAGGUCUUUGACAGGAUAGAAGAGAGAGAUUUAGUGUCUUGGACAACACUGGUGACUGCUUAUUCUCAAGGUUCUGAAUGGGAGGAUGCACUGACAAUCUUCUCAAAAUUGAGGGAAGAAGGCUUUACGCCAAAUCAGUUUACUCUUUCUAGUGUGCUUGUUGCAUGUGCCAACCUUUGUUUACUUGAGUAUGGUCAACAAGUCCAUGGCCUCCUUUGCAAGGCUGGCUUGGACACUGAAAAGUGUAUAGAAAGUGCCUUAAUCGAUAUGUAUGCCAAAUGUGGUAAUAUAGCUGAGGCACAAGAGGUCUUUGAGAGGAUUUCUGAACCAGAUACAAUUUCGUGGACUGCUAUUAUAUCAGGAUAUGCUCAACAUGGGCUUGUGGAGGAUGCCCUUGAACUCUUUAAGAGAAUGGAGCAGAUGGGUGUGAAGGCCAAUGAUGUUACCUUAUUGUGUGUUCUUUUUGCAUGCAGCCACCGUGGUAUGGUAGAAGAAGGUCUCUAUCAUUUUCAUGUAAUGGAAAAAUUGUAUGGUGUGGUGCCAAAGAUGGAACAUUAUGCUUGUAUUGUUGAUCUCUUAGGUCGUGUGGGCCGUCUUAAUGAUGCAGUGGAGUUCAUAAAAAGGAUGCCAAUUGAGCCCAAUGAAAUGGUCUGGCAGACUUUGUUGGGAGCAUGUAGAGUACAUGAAAAUGUUGAGUUGGGGGAGAUUGUAGCUGAGAAGAUCCUUUCAGUUAGGCCAGAAUACUCAGCUACCUAUGUUCUUCUAUCCAACACUUAUAUCAGGACAGGGAGUUAUAAAGAUGGAAAUAGUUUGAGAGAUGUGAUGAAAGACCGAGGUGUGAAAAAGGAGCCAGGUUGUAGUUGGAUUUCUGUGAAAGGUAGAAUCCACACAUUUUAUGCAGGGGAUCAACAACAUCCAGAAAAGCAUGAGAUAUAUGCAAAGUUAGAAGAGCUGAGAGUGAAGCUUAAGUCCAUGGGUUACGUUCCAGACUUGAGUUAUGUAUUGCAAGAUGUGAAUUUGGUUGAAACUAUGGGGAUUCCUGGAUAA